AAUACCAGACGCUUCAUAAAUAAAUAUUAAGUUGUCAACUGUACAGACAAAAAUAUUUUUGACAGUGUGGGACCCAGAAGCCCAUAGCCAUAGUUUAGGCCCAAAAGCCCACAUACACCUUCCGAGGUACAAAUGUCAGAAGCUUAGCAGGGACUGGCCCACCUAGUUCUUGUUAUAAAACAGCCCACCCACGCUCUCUCAAUUGUACUUUUUCAACUUGUGGGGUCACACACACACACACAGAGCAAGUCUCCUUCUUUACGAUAACCCUAAAACACCCCACAAAUAAAUAAAACUCAACGUCAGUGAAGUUAUGUCUUCUUCCGCUAUGGUUCUUAACGAAAUCUCUGACAACCCUCUCUCUCUUCCACCAAACCUCCGCCAUCUCGCCCUUCCGCCCACCGCCCCUCAUCCCUUCACCAACGCCUCCGCCGCCACCCAGAAUUUAACGCCGAGGGUGGGCUCCAGGAAGCCCGCUGGUGGGUCCUCCCGUAAAGAUCGCCAUUCCAAGGUCAACGGCCGUGGCCGCCGCAUCAGGAUACCGGCGCUCUGCGCUGCCCGCGUCUUCCAGCUGACGCGGGAACUCGGCCAUCGCUCUGAUGGCGAGACGAUUGAGUGGCUCCUUCGCCAGGCCGAGCCCUCAAUUAUAGCCGCUACCGGGACUGGCACCGUCCCGGCGCAAGCCAUCUCCAGUUCCUCCUGCGCCGUCCCGCUUUCCAACCCCUCCGCCACCGUCCAAUCCCCAAUGACCUUAUCUUCGCCCAGCAGCAAUAUUAUGUUGACGGCCGGGCCACCUCCGGAGCCAAACUGCAGACCGAACCUGAGGCAGCAGGAGGCGUCGACGUUGGAGUUUCCUAUGAGCGGGUAUCGGCAUAUGCCGUUUAUGGCGCUGCUAUUGCAACCGGCUAUGGUGGAGGACGAGGUGGACAGUUAUAGCGGAGUGGGAGGAGAUAAUCAGUAGGUACCGGGCUAGAUUAUAACCUAUCUAGCAGGAGUAAUUAGGCUACUCCAAUUAAUUAAAUUGUGUAUGACUAUAAUUAACCUGUCAGGGUUUCAGGGCCUUUUUCUCAUUUAAAAAUGGGGAAAAUUGAAAAUUAAAUUUGGAAUGGGCCCCUUUUGGAAUUUAAGAUAAAUGUCUUCUCAUCUUAUUUUUCAGAAUUGGGAAUUGUGUACUCUGAGCUUAAAUUAAAUGUCAUAUA